ACCAUCUAGCGGAAUUUUACUUUAGCUGUUAUCAAAAUGUCUUUGUUCUGUAGGACCUAAGGCUAAUUGAUUGUCUUUAAUUUUAAUAAGUUGUAUAGUGCUUCAUAUUUUUUCAAUUAAUUAAUUGUUUAUGAAGUGUACUUUUCAUUAAUUAUCCAAAAUAAAAGAUCUAAAGUUUGGCGGUGAAGGCAUUUAUAUGUAUCACAUGUUUUGACCAACUGAAAACCAAAGGAUUUGUGUGUCAACAUUUAAAAGACUGGAAAAGGUAAAACAAUUUGGCCAACGAUACUGAAUAGUUUAAAAAUGGAGGAACCUAGCCCAAGUGAAUCUGAUCAGGAUAUCAAUCAUGUUACAAGUUCUGCAUCAUCUUAUGAAAAGCCUUUAACACGGAAACCUAGCAUAAGCCGUUCUAUGCCUGAUAUAACAAGGGACACUCCAGAUGAUAUGCGUCUUGAAACCCUUAGAGAUUCUAAACGAAAACCUUUGGUUUUUGAGCGGCUCAACGUUGCUUCACCUGCAUUUAACGGAAUAAUCGCCAAAGGUCAACCUAUGAUUAAACAACAAUUACCUGAGUUCAAUUUUUGUAAUUCACCUGGAACAAGUGAUGGUUUCAGCAAACCAUUCAAUCGCUGGUUUGGUGGUUUUUUCGGCUGUAUCAUGAAUGCCAUUGGCAAAGGUACCAGCAAAGACAAGAAAAUUGAUGAUUGGGAAAUUCCUAUCCAAAGAAUGCAAGAUCUUCAACUGAUAGGCAGUGGUGCGCAAGGAGCAGUGUUUUUUGGUAGACUCGAGGGCCAACCAGUUGCUGUUAAAAAGGUCCGUGAAAAAGUAGAUACUGAUAUCAAACAUCUUCGAAAACUUGACCAUCCCAAUAUAGUUGCCUUCAAGGGAGUUUGCACACAACCAGGAUGUUAUUGUAUCAUAAUGGAAUAUUGCCCAAACGGUCAACUUUACGAUAUACUUAAGAUUCGCAAAAUUCCUCCCAAUACUGUGGUUGAUUGGAGUCGACAAAUAGCUUCUGGGAUGAAUUAUUUGCAUCAGCGUAAAAUCAUCCAUAGAGACUUGAAAUCACCAAACGUUUUAAUGAGCAGCAACAAUGUUUUAAAAAUAUCAGAUUUUGGUAAUAGUCGUCUUUGGGAUGAUAAAAGCAUGAAAAUGUCUUUCGCUGGGACGGUCUCUUGGAUGGCUCCAGAAGUGAUUAGGAACGAAAGAUGUUCUGAAAAAGUAGAUGUCUGGUCUUAUGGAGUUGUUAUUUGGGAAAUUUUGACUAGAGAAAUUCCUUACAAAGAUGUUGAUUCAUCAGCAAUUAUGUGGGGAGUUGGAAAUACAAGUCUACAUUUACCAGUGCCAACAACUUGUCCUGAUGGGUUAAAACUUUUAUUAAAUCAAUGUUGGAAACAGAAACCAGCUAAUCGGCCAACUUUCGCACAAAUUUUAGAUCAUUUAGACAUUGCUGCUAAUGAAAUAAUCAGCAUUGGAAACGAAAAAUUCUAUCAGAUGCAAGCUACUUGGAAAGAGGAAAUUGAUCUUUAUGUUUCACACAUUAAAAGGGUCUCAGGACAAAUAAGUCCAUUCUCUAGUGAUGACGAAUUGGAUCUAACCCGUAAAAGAGAAGAGGAAACACAGGCAGCUUUAGAAGAGAAACGAUUAUAUGAGAAAAAAUUGGAAAAUGUCAACAAUCUUUAUCUUGAACUUCAAGCAGUUUACCUUCAACUAGAGCAGCGAGAAAAACAAAUAAGACAAAAGGAGACGUUGAUAAAAAAAUGUAAAGCUCAUUAUGAUCAAUGUAUCUCAGAAAAAGUUGAUCGAAUCUUGCACGUCUUGGAUAAUGAGCCUCCUGAAAAUCCAGAUGACUUAAAGAAAAUUAUAAAAAUGGAAAUUAUAAGUUUAAAGACGAGUUUAGAAAGGUUCAAAGAAUCAAACGAUUCACCUGACACUUUUAAAUCAAAUCACAGUCACGAGACUAAUCCAAAUGACUGAUACAAAGGACAAAAAAUAUGCAAAUCAACUAGGUAUACCUCUAAAUCCUGUGAAUUAAUAUCACUCUCAACUCGCUUUUUAUUUACCAAGAGCAAUCUAAUUCAAAUGUGAUCUUUUUAAAUGUGAUUAUCCUUGCCUUUAUUAGAGGUCUGGAUGUGAUGGCUCUAUCAACAAACCUUGGGUGUCAAGAUUUUAUUGAUUUGAUAAUCUACAAUACAUACAAUGCCAAAAGAUCUCCCCAUCACCCUUUCACCACAUCACCUUCUCGUCUUCUCUCACUUCUCAUCCAUCUCUCAAAUUUCACAUACUCAUUUAGAUUACAAAUUAUUAUGGUUAUAUGAAAAUAGAAAAUGCAGCUCAUCUCGCAAUAUUUUUCUUAGUUCUCAUCGAUAUCAACUCUAAAUUAAUUGAAACAACUUUUUUAUAAUUUUAAUGAAUACAAAUAUGUUGUCUCAAUCGACAGUAUUAACAAGAAAAGUGAAACAAUCAAUGCUCUCUCCCUCUUUUCCUGUAAUUCAAAAUUUGAGGUAAAAGAUGAAUAUUUUCAGCACUUAUAUCAAUUACUAGGUAUAACUUAAACUGUAAUUCCCCUCAAAGUCGAACCCUUUCUCAUUUAUCUUAUCUCAUUUGAUGCAUUCAUUCCAUCAAUCUUUAUACUCAAUGAAAUUUACAUUUACAUUUAUUCCCUCCCAAAGAAAUAUUAUUUCUGAUAUGUUUACUUUGAUUAUGCUUCAAAUUGUGAUUUAACAGCAUUCUUCAACCAAAUUGACACAAAACAACUCAUUUUUCGCCUUUCGCUCUCACCAACAUUACUUUAAAUGCUUUUCAACUUCACCAUUACAAAAUCUCGCUGACACUUUUUGUCACAGAUUAGUUAAAUAUUCACCUGUUGACUUACAAUAAACAGUAAUUUAACUUUGCUGAAAAGGAAAUGCGAAUGUGUUUGUGUACAUAUUGUAAUUUAAAUAAAUAAAUUUUAAUUUUGAUUAA